AUGUCUGAAGAAUUUGGAAAUCAUUUGGAGAAAACUUUUGAAAACAAUUAUGAUUCGGAGAAAGUCGAUUUUAGGGCUCCAACAAUGGAUUCUUCAAAAUCCACUAUAGAAGGUAAUGAUUCUCCUUCUCUCUUUAUUCCUGAUGAAGUUAUGGAUGAAUAUUUAGAUGAAUGGAAAUUUAGCCUAAUUGGUAGAUUGAAUUUAGUCAAACUCAAGAUGAGUACUGUUUCUGAAACUUUACUUCAACAAUGGCAAAUCAAAGGUAAGGUUCAGUUUAUUCCUCCGAGGAAAGGUUUCUUUAUAAUUAAACUAGAUAAUAUGGAGGAUAGGAAUUACAUCUGGAGAGGUCUUUGGAAAAUAGAAUUACAUAUUUUGGAUCUCAGAGCCUGGAAACCAAAUUUUAAUCCAGCAGCUCAAAAAACUACUUCUGCUUAUGUUUGGGUAAUCUUUCCUGGGUUGAGCAUUGAAUACUGGAAGGAACAUAUCUUAAUGAAAAUGGGUAAUACACUUGGAAGAUCAGUUAAAGUAGAUGAAAUUACUCUUAACAGAGUUGCGGGUUAUUAUGCUUGUGUACUUGUUGAAAUUGAUGUUUCUAAAUCACUUCCUAGUACUAUUUGGGUAAACUCUAAAUAUGGGAAAUUUGAACAAUCUAUUCAAAUUCCUAAUAAACCUAAAUUUUGUAGCCAUUGCAAGGCUCUAGGCCAUUUUCUUUUUGAGUGUAGAUCUAAAAGAAAGGAAAAUUUUCAAGCUCCUUCUGCUGAUGGGUUUGUAUCCAAACCAAAAAAACAAUGGAAGUCAAAACAGAAACAAACACAGAAAAAGGGUUUUGAUAUAUGUGGAUUUAAUUCACCUUCUGAACUUAAUAGUGACAAAAUUUUAGUCAACAAUGUUUCUGCAAGCUUACAACAAAAUAUCUCUUAUGGAAGAUUCCAUCUACUGCAAAACAGUACCGCUGAAUACAAUGUUGAUUUUCCUCCUCUGCCUGGUAUGGAAUCUCAAAAAAAAUUGGGUGAAUCUAGUGGAGUAUUUAAAGAGAUUCAAUGUUCUGACUGCUCUUCUCAAGCAACAAUUACUGCAUCUCAAAUUGAUCAGCCUAUAAUUAAUGAAGAUUCUAGUGACUCAAGUUCUGAAGAUGGUGAAAUCAAAGAGGCCAGUUCAUCAGACUUAAUUCAUAGCAGUACACUUGCUUCUCCUGUCAUUAUCUUAAGGAAUGAUAUUGUUAGCCGUAAAGUGAUUACAAAGAAGAUCAUUACAGAAAAUAAAAAACCUCAUGCAAAGCCUGUUAAAUCUGCUCCUGUUACUAGGAAAGCUAGUAAAGAAAGUCAAAAAAAAUUGCCUACUAAGGGGUUUCCUCCCCAAAACCUUUCUCAAUGA